AUGCUCCUUUUAUUAAGAAAAAAAUAUACCCAAUUACUAACUAUCGGUAUUGAACACAUGGCUGAAGACAACCAGACAACAGUGCCAGAGUUCAUUCUCCUGGGUUUCACAGGCCGCCCAGAGCUUCAGACUGUGAUCAGCAUGGUGUUUCUACUCAUCUAUGCUACCACCGUGAUGGGGAAUCUUGGAAUGAUGGUGUUAAUCAGAAUCAGUCCCCAACUCCAUACUCCCAUGUACUACUUCCUUGCUCACUUAUCUUUCAUUGAUCUCUGUUACUCCUCGGCCAUUGCCCCAAAGGCACUAGAGAUCUUUUUGACAGAGAGAAAAACCAUAGCUUACAGUGGCUGUGUGGCUCAAAUGUUCUUCUUUACUACUCUAAUAACCACGGAGUGUUUUCUUCUGGCUUCAAUGGCAUAUGAUCGAUAUGUGGCCAUCUGCAAACCACUCCUAUAUAGGGUGGUCAUGUCCCCUAUGGUUCGUGUCCAGUUGGUGGUUGGAUCAUAUAUUUUGGGCAUCACUGGUGCCUCAGUGCAAACCACGGGUGCCUUUCGGUUAUCCUACUGUGGCUCCAGUGUCAUCAAUCAUUUUUUCUGUGACAUCCCAGCUGUCAUCAAACUCUCCUGCUCCAAUACAUAUAUUCCAGAGCUGGUGCUUUUCAUCUUUACCACAGUUAUUGCUAUCACCACUGCUUUAAUCAUCCUUGUGUCUUACACCUACAUGAUCACCAUCCUCCUUCAAAUGAAAUCCUCUGAGAGCAGGGGAAAAGCCUUUUCUACUUGCUCUUCUCACCUUACUGUUGUCACUGUUUUCUAUGGGACAGCAAGUUGUAUCUAUGCCAUCCCCCAAUCCAAGGACUCACUUAAUCAGGCCAAAAUUGUUUCUGUGUUCUAUACGCUCGUGAUCCCCCUGCUGAACCCCCUGAUCUAUAGUCUGAGGAACAAGGAUGUGAAGGAUGCCCUGAGGUCUAUCAUAAGGAAAAUGUUCUCUAAAAUGUUGAGAAAAAUGUGA